AUGGGGCAUCAGCAAAGCUGUGCAAACAGAACAGCCAGGGAAGAAAACUGCGACAGCUGUUCACCGGAAGUGGACCCGAUCAAGGAAAAAAAGUACUUGGUUACUGCAUCAAUGCUUCUGCAGCUGUUUGCGGUUUGCAUUCAGUGCCUGUCUCCGACCCGAACGAAGCUCAGGCACCAGGGGACCUUUGUUCACGCCGUAAUCACGUGUGUUCGAGGCCACAAGAGGGAGUGGCAGAAUCAGGCCCUGGUAAAUGGCAAGGCUCUCCUCAACAUCCUCCUGCCUGCCGCUGUCACAUAUUCUGGGGCCAGUCCUACAAGAGUUCUUCGACUGUUGAGCUCAAUAGGCAUUGCUGUCCUAAGGAAAUCUCAGUUCUACAAAGUCCAGGGCUGCCUGGUAUUUCCUGCUGCAACAAAGGCCUGGAAAGCGGAGCAGACCACUCUGCUGGCCGCAAUGCAUGGCAGGAGACUCCAUCUGGCUGGCGAUGGCCGCGCCGACUCGCCUGGAUACUCGGCCAAGUAUGGAACUUACUCUCUGUUGGACACUAAUGCGAACAAGAUCUUGCAUUUUGAGAUUGUCCAGUCAACAGAAGUAAAAUCAAGUAACCAUAUGGAAACAGAGGGCCUCAAGCGCUCGUUGGACUUCCUCCUUGGCCGAGGACUGUGUCUAGAUGUGCUUGUGACGGACCGGCAUGUCGGGGUGAACACGCUUCUGAAGAAUGAAUAUCCCGACACCAGACACCGGUUUGAUGCAUGGCAUGUCGCCAAAGGCAUCGGAAGCAAGAUGGCCAUUGCUGGGAAGACUAAACGCAACAACAUCCUGAAUGCCUGGGUGAAGACAGUGCGGGCACAUGUCUACUGGUGUGCCCAGACAAGUGAUGACUGUGGUGCACUGGUCCUAGCGAAAUGGAUGUCGGUCAUGAGACAUGUAAUCAAUGUGCACGAGCACCCCAACUCCCUGUACCCUGCGUGCACGCAUGCCCCGAUUGAACACCGCAGAUGGCUUCAGGAAGGAACUGAGCCAUACAUGGCAUUGCAAAAGAUCCUCACAUCAGCACAGCUUUUGAAAGAUCUCCCAAGACUGUCUGGAGAGGGCCAAACAUACCGACUGGAGUCGUUUCACAGCCUGCUGAUCAGGUUCACCCCCAAAUCGACACACUUCUGUUUUGAGGGCAUGGAGGCACGGACUGCCAUUGCUGUCAUGCACUAUAAUCAAAAUUCCGACCGGAAGCAGGCGACCACUAAGGACAACAAGAAGCGGUUCGCACUCCGAUACCCAAAGUCUCGGAAGGGUGAAUGGUCUGUCCAGCGAAUCAUGGAGACUGCGUCAUACGACUAUGUCCAGAGGCUGCUCCACUGCUGCUUGGAUUUGGCGGAAGCUUCGAGGACGUACCGGGAGGCCACAGCUGCCAAUGGGCCCCGCCCGCGUAGGCCCCCUUUGUGCAGUGUUGCCCAGAGGCCGAACAAGGAAGAUGCAGUCUUGGCCCACAGGUCCCGCUUCCACACUCAGGAGUAGUGGAAGCCAGUGUACGUAGCUGAGGGAAAUUCCUCUCGGAUUCUAGCCUCCACACAGCACGGGAGCCUGACGCGGCGGAACCUGCCCAGUCUUCCCCACAUCCACCAAACAAACUCCUUGUAGGCGGUGUAUCUGUAUUUUCUGGAAAUAGUAAGAACAGCAAAGUUGAGUUCACCGAAAAGCCUCACACACGAGCAGUGUGUGUAAGGGCGUGACACUGUUAUAUCCAGGUUUAGUAUUUGUAGCUGGUGUGUUAGUAAUGAACUGUCGGCCAUAAUGUGUGAUCAACUUCUUCCUCCUUCAUACCUCUGCCCCAAGGCUUAUGCAACAUGUCCCCCUGCUUCAUUCUUUCUUUUUUGCCAUCUGUAGGUUGAGUCAACAACAAUACCAGCUACACUCUAGGCCUAGUUUCACACAUGUAGUCGGUCACAGGUC